AGCAAAGUGGCAGUGUUGUCAGUGAUAGAAGAAAUCAUGGGCAAGAUCAUCUUUUACGAGGACAAGAACUUCCAGGGUAGUUCCUAUGAGACCAGCCAGGACUGCCCUGAGCUGACCUCCCACCUGAGCAGGUGCAACUCCUGCAGGGUUGAGAGCGGCUGCUUUAUGGUCUACGAGCGCCCCAACUUCAUGGGACACCAGAUGCUGGUCAGAAGAGGAGAAUACCCCGACAACCAGCGCCUGAUGGGCAUGAGCCAGAGCGACUGCAUCAGGUCCAGCCGUAUGAUCCCCAUGCACAAAGGAAACUACAGGAUGAGGAUCUACGAGAGGGAGAACUUCGGAGGUCAGAUGCACGAGAUGAUGGACGACUGUGACUCCAUCCAGGAGCGUUACCGUAUGUCCGACUGCCAGUCCUGCAACGUGAUGGACGGCCACUGGCUGAUGUACGAGCAGCCGCACUUCAGAGGCAGAAUGAUCUACCUGAGACCUGGAGAAUACAGGAGCCUGAGAGAUAUGGGCUUGGGCCCCAUGGACAUGAGAAUCGGCUCCAUCAGACGUAUCACGGACUCCUGUUAAACCCCCAUCAAACUCCACCUAAUCAUAAUAAAUAUAUGCUUUUA